UCCGUCAGGAAGUAUGAUCAGGUCACAUCUCCUCCGACCGUCGUUACAUCACUUCCUGUCGCCAAGGCUGCUGGGUACUGCGGCGCCCCGGGGCGUGGCCCAGGAGGGACUGCCCUCCGCCCCCCUGCUGGCUCAGCCCCAGGGACCACCCCUCCCUGACCUCUUGACCUUUGAGGACCCUGGGGCCUUCAGGGUGAAGAGCCUGGCCGAGCUGGCCAGAGCUCUGGGAGUGUUCAGGCUCUGCUCCAGCACCCUGCUGGUCAACAACUGUGGGAAGCUCAUGUCCAUAGCUCGGAGCAUUCUGGGUAAAAGAGGCUUCGCUCUGUUGCUCCGCCCCUUCGUGUAUGCCCAGUUUGUGGCUGGAGAGACGGAGGGCGAGAUCAGCCAAUCCAUGGAGAAGAUGAGUGCUCUGGGACUCCGCCCCAUGCUGGCUGUGCCAAUAGAAGAGGACCUGGGGGAGGGCACUGGGGAGCUGCGGUAUGACGACAACCUGACGGCCAUGUUGGAAUGCGUCCGCAUGUCUCACAGCAACGCCUGGAGCCCGGAUCCCAUGAUGCAACUGAAGAUCACGGCUCUGCUCAGUCCAGAGCUCUGUGUGAAGAUCACCUCCCUGCUGCAGCUGCAGGGCUGGGAGCUGCAGCAGCUGAUCAGAGCCAUGGAAGGAGAGCCAAUCAGUUUCCCCGGUCUGGAGGAGAGUGAGAACGCACAUUUUCGCUGCGGCCUUCGAAGACUGAACGCGGUGGCAGAGGCCAGUGUCAACAGGGUACGAGUCCUGGUCGACGCUGAGUACACCUACAUGAACCCUGCCCUCUCUCUCGUCACCAUGGCGAUGAUGAAGAAGUUUAACCAAGAUGGCGCCUGGGUCUGGAACACAUAUCAGUGUUACCUCAAGGAGUCCAGGUGUCUGCUGCUGGAGGCUGUCCACCUGUCUGUUCGUGAGUCCUUCUCUCUGGGGGUCAAGCUGGUCAGGGGGGCCUACAUGGACAAAGAAAGGAAGCUGGCCAAUCAGGAGGCCCGCACAGACCCCAUCCACCAAUCCUGGGAGCACACCAACAACAGUUACAACGGCUGCUUGAACAUCAUGCUGGAGCUCAUAUCUCAGAAUCCUUGGCGGUACCGCAUCAUCGUGGCAACGCACAACGAGGUGUCAGUCCGAUACGCUGCCGAAAGGAUGGCAGAGCUGGGUGUGGACAGAGAAGGAGGCUCAGUGUGUUUUGGCCAGCUGUUGGGGAUGUGUGACCAUGUGUCUCUGACCCUGGCCCAGCAGGGGUACUCGGUGUAUAAGUCGGUUCCGUACGGUUCCGUGGAUGACACGCUGCCCUACCUAGUGCGGCGAGCGCAGGAGAACAGGACCGUGCUGCAGGGCAUCCGCAAGGAGAGGACCUUGCUGAGGGGGGAGCUGCACCGGAGGCUGGGGCUGGGGGGCUGAGGAGGAGGGCUGGGGA